UGACCGAGCUCUCGCGAGACGAGACGGGUGUUCCGCGGCGCGCGCUCAACGUCGGCCGCGGGAGGAUUCGAAAAGUGGCGGGUGAGGGAGGGACCGGACUGGCGCCGUCCCGGAGUGUCCCCGAGUGUCCUCAGGUACCCCGAGCUGUCCACCGGUGUCCCCUGCGAGAGGCUCCCGGGGCCGGUGCCUCCUCCGGUGGUGCUGCCGUGUGCCGUGGGCUCUUCUACGCGCGUGUCCACCGGCUUCGUUCCGCUCCGCUGAGGCGGCGCCGCGGCGUUGGAAGCGCGUCCCGCGGGUCCAUGAGGCCCAUGAGGAUUCAGCCGUUCUGAGGGAGCCCGAGUAGGGAAGACCAAUUCCAGGAUGAAACGGGAAGCAUUUUUGCAAGUUGUGUCUAAAGAGUCAAUUGAAGACUUCCUGCGUUACACUCAGAAUCCUAAAAAUACAUGUGAUCAUUUUGACUUGAAUGAGCUACUUCAAGAGUUGUCAAGAAAGCAAAAAGAAGUGCUAUGGCAGAGACUGACACAGCUAUUGACAGAGAGCUUGAUGGAGAACCCUGUGGAAACAUGGCACAGGACUGGAGAUGAUAAGAGUGAUGAUGACAUGGAAGCUGAGAUAGUUCCAGAAAUGAAACAAACUGUAGCAGUGAUCCAAGGAGUGGCAGCUGUCGUUAUUGCUUCCAUACCUGCAGUGGAUGAAAAUGUAAACUACAAAGCUCUUGUAGAAUGUGUGUUUAUCCUAAACGGUAUCCUUCCUGCAUUAUCUACAUCUGAAAAAAUCCUACAGGACGCUAUCCAACGUGUGUGUGAAAUGUGGUGGGAGAAGGGACUGGAGGGGAAGGAGCAGCUGGGGAAGACUCUGUUUGUCAUUCUGCUGAGAAAAAGCCUGAAUAAAGCUGCUAUGGGUGCAGAUAUAGUUCGUUUAUGGAAUGUACAUCAGACAUUACUUUGUUUUGAUUAUGAUUCAGAUGAGAGUAAUGAAGUCAAAGAUUUGUUGCUUCAGUGUUUUAUGAAUGUAAAACACAUUAAGAAAGAAGAGGGAAGAAGACUCUUGAGUUUUUUGUUCAGCUGGAAUGUAAACUUCAUUAAAAUGAUACAUGGAACUGUUAAAAACCAAUUACAGUUCUUUCCAAGAUCCUUGGUGGAAUGCGUUUCAGAAAUUUACUUCAGGGCCUGGAAGAAGGUGUCAGGAGAAUUCGUAGAGGUACUUGAAUAUACAUGCAUUCAGGAUUUCAUGCAUCAUGGAAUUCAUCUUCCCAGAAGUUCUUCUGUUCAUUCUAAAGUUAGAGAGAUGCUGAGUUAUUUUCAUAAACAAAGUAAAGUCCGUCAAGGAGUUGAAGAAAUGCUCUAUAGAUUGUAUCAGCCCAUCCUCUGGAGAGCACUAAAGGCUAGAAACUCAGAAGUUCGAGCAAAUGCAGCAUUUUUGUUCGUUGAUGCUUUUCCUGUUCGUGAUCCCAGUUUUACUGCUGAAGAGAUGGACAGUGAAAUUCAGAAACAGUUUGAAGAACUUUUUAGUCUCUUAGAAGAUCCUCAUCCAGUUGUCCGCUCUACAGGGGUACUUGGAGUUACUCAGAUCAUAUCCAAAUACUGGGAAAUGAUUCCUCCAACAAUUCUUGCUGAUCUUUUAAAAAAGCUAACUGGAGAUCUGGCAUGUGAUAUGACAUCUGCUGAUGUUCGAUGCUCUGUUUUUAAAUGCCUACCAAUAAUUUUGGACAACAAACUAAGUCACCCACUCCUGGAACAGCUCCUGCCUGCAACCAAACACAGUCUACAUGAUAAUUCUGAGAAGGUGCGAGUGGCUUUUGUGGAAAUGCUGCUCAAAGUGAAGGCUACCAAGGCUGCCAAGUUCUGGAAUAUCUGUCCCAUGGAGCAUCUCCUGUCUCGCCUCGAAGUGGACUCUCAGCCGGUGUCACGGCGCAUCGUGAACCUCCUGCUGAACUCCUUCUUCCCCAGUGCCCAGCCCAAGGAUGUGUGGUGUGAGCGCUGUGUCACUCUGAUCCAGAUGAAUCCUGCAGCAGCCAGGAAGUUCUAUCAAUAUGCCUAUGAAUUCACUGCCCCCACCAAUAUAGCUAAUUUGAUGCUCACUAUUCGGCGCUGCUUGAAUGCCUGCAUCCAGAAAGCAAAGAAAGCCACUCUUCAUGAUAGUGGGGAUGAUGAUGAUGAUGAUGAAGAAGAUGGAAGUGAAAAGGAGAACACCAGUGUGUUGGAUAAUGUGUUGUCAGUAAAUGAUGUGGCCAGCAUGGCAAGUUUGUUGGAGAUCACUGUAAUACUCUGGAGAAGCAUCCACAAAGCACUAGAUCAUAAUGAAGAUGCCAAAGAAUAUGCUGUCAGGAAAUUUGCUUCUGUACUUCCCGAAUAUUUUAAAGUAUUUCAGGAUGAGCGGUGCAUGGCUCCACUGAUUAUUCUGGCAUCCUUUAUGCCCCCUGCUGCUAUUCCUACAUUCAGCUGUGGUGUGGUUUCCAGACUCAGAAAUAUUGACAGUGGAGCUGACCAAAACAAAUAUUCUAUCCUGAUCGACUGCCUGUGCCGCUGGGGUCAAGUGGGGCACAUUAUGGAAUUAGCCUGUGAUUGGCUGUCUGACUCACUUACCCCAACAAAGAAUACUAAAACAUCUGGGCGUCGAGUACGUAUCCAUGUAACACAUGAAUCAAAGCCAGACUUAGCAGUUGAUUACAUUGAGUAUUUAUUGACUCAUCCUGUCAAUUGUGGUUGCCUACUUUCUCUUCCCAAAAAUAAACUGAAGAAGCUUUUGAAAAUCCUCGGUGCUGCAAAGAGGGCUCUCGGCUCAGUUCUGGAAGGAACAGAUUCUGGUGGCUGGAAUCAAGCAACCAGCCUAAGAGCCUUCAGCCUCUUUUGCAGAUUGACUGUUCAUCUUCAGCACAAGUUUUCUGAAGAAGGAGAAGAUCACCUUUCACUUCUGAAGAAGACAGGUGCUUGGAUAGAAAGUCAAGUUGUACCUUUUAUACUAGCAAGUGAUCAAGAGGAUGGUAUUUCAAAGCACAGUGAUGUUUCUGAAUUAAUUAUCCAGGCCUACCUGACAGUGUGUAAGGAUGUCAUAAUGGUGGGCCUGGGAAAUGUCACGUUUCAAGCACACCUUUUAGAAAUGGCUCUUCAGAUCAUGCAAACAGAGAGAGGUGGCUUUUGUGCUCCAGUGUUGCUGUGUGCUCUAAAAGAAAUGAUUGAAGUUUCUUUAAAUCAAAAUACUGAGACAGAAGAAGUGACAAAUCUUUUCCACACUCUACAGAACGUCUUUCAGAAAAUUUUAGAAUGUGUGGCACAUAGACUUAAGAAAGAACAGGAAAAAGGAAUUCAGUUGAUUCACUCUAUUCAGAUGCCUCUUGGAGAAUUCAUCCACGCACUGCAGUGCUGGCGUUCCACAUUCCCAGCAGUUCACCAGGGUGUACUCUCCACUCUCCUGGCUGCAAUAGUAGCAGAGAUAAAUUGUGUGCUACAGAAGGCUUCUAGUGAAAAAGACUUGACUAUGCCAAAGACUAUUUCAGACCUUCCCCCUCUUUCAAGCAGUUUAAUGGCUGUAAUUAUGAAGUCAGCUAAUGUUGUCAGGUCAGUUUUAAAUGAAUUAAUGGAGUGCAUUCUCUCUGAAGAAAUUGAAGGGAUUUUUAGUCUAACAGCUACUGUCAGCAUUGUGCUUGUAAUUAAAGGUAAGCACAAAACUUCACUUCUAAAGGAUAUUGCACCUGCCAUUCAAAGGAAGCUGAUAAUAUGCAAGGAUGCUGCCACAGGAGAAUCCAGAGGCACUGAAAGAUUCCUCUGUGAGUCAUCUCUGAAAAUUUUGGAUGAGAUUUUGAAUCCUUGACCACGCAGAAGCUUUUGUCAUGAAUUUUUGUUAUGAAAAUUGAGGGGAGGUGUAUUGCUUUGUAAAAAAACUUGCAUUGUAAACUUGUGAAUUGCUUAAAACUAUUUUCUUUUAUUCUGUACAUUUAAAGCAAGCAAAAUGUAUAAAAGUGUGUAUAGAAAUUAUGUAAUAGUAAAGAUUUUUCAACAGCUGCAAGGGGGUUGUUCUGUAUAACAAUGUCUUCUCGGGGGGGAGUAUAAAAUCAGUAUUUUUUUAUCUGUGUUUUUGUAAAACAAAUAAUAAUUGUAUCAUAGAUACUCUUGAGACUGAGGCUGCAUGUAGCCUCAGUUCUUGGAAGGACUGCAGCAUAUUCCUAGGUGUUAUGGAAAUGAGUCUUACUUUGAGAUGUGUGUCAAAAUGGUGAUUGGGAGAAGUCAUCAUGGCUUUAUCAGGGCAAACUCUGCCUAACCAGCCUGACUUCCCUCCCUUUUGUAGAAGAAGAGAGAGCAGAGCAUGUCCUGUUUCCUAUCCUUGGCAAAGACUUUUACACAGUCUUACACAGUAUUCUUACAGCCAAACUGGAGAGAGAUGGGAUGGAUGGGUAGACUUGGAAGAUGAGUGGAAAACUGGCAGGACCAUCAGAGUGGAGGAAUAAUCUGCUAAAGGGUGACAUUGACAGCUGUGGCUGUGGCACUGCUGAGGGCAGGCCCUGCUGCCAGGGCUGGUUGCUGACAGGGUGAGCAGCAACCUCGGACUGAUGGCAGAUGACAGCAGCUGGGGCAUCUGACACUGAGGGGCAUCUCCUGAUGUUCAGCAAAGACCUGGAGCUGAUGGACAAAUCCUGCACCACCCACACAGGCACCUGCACGAGGGCAGCUUCUUGUUGCCUGCACCUGCCUGCAGAAGGGUAAAGGAAAGACUUUCCCCAGAGAUGACAGAAUAUGGAGAAUAUGAGGCUACAGAAACAACUUGAGCAAGAGAAUUUCUUGUUGGACGUGAAAAACAAUCAUUAUUAGAGGGAAAUGGAGCUGGAAGAGGUUGCUCAGAAAGCCUGUGGAAUACCCAUCCUUGGUGAUGUGCAGAACUUGGCUGAUAAGGGCGGAGGGCUCUGACCUUCCAUGGUGUCAUAGCUUUGGAGUUAGCCCUGCUGAGCUGGGGAUUGGACCAGAUUCUCCCCUGAGCUUCCUCAUGACUUGAAUAUUCAGGUGAUUCAGUACCCAGUACACUGGGGGGAAAUGUCUUAACUAUUAAACAUAGGCUUGAGUAAUAUAUAAAUUGUUUUAUAUUUAACUAUUUUUUAAAAUUAUAGCUAAUUUGAUCAGUUAGUACUAAGGAUACAGAUAAUGCAGGCAUCUAAGCCACUUACUUAAUUUUCUUCUUGUAACCAGAUGCCCUCCCAAUGAUGCCUUGUGAAGGCUGACCUAGAAUAGAGGCUAGACAGUGUUAAAGCAAUAAAGUAAGUAUUUACUAAAAGGUGUACUAUACCUUGGGUAGUACAAGAGCCCAGCUAGGGCUAUACCCAGGAUGAACCCAAAAUGGUCACAAAAUGGAUGACCCAUCACGGGGUCUCACACUUUUAUAAGUUCUGCUCCAUUUGCACAUUAGAGUUAAUUGUCCAAUUAUAGCUUUAGCCCAUGCAUUCCCAUCCUUCUUGUUUUUCUCUCUUCAGUCCACAUUGUUUAUCAGGCUCCUGGGCUUGAGAUUUGGAUUGGUUGUCCUUGGUCCCCAGCUAGAGAAGAAAUUAUUUCGUUUCCCUAGUCUGUGAAGAGAGCUCACCAUCCCCUAAUGUGAAGCUCAGAUCUACAAACUAAAGUGUGGUAUUUUCCACAAGGGUCUCAGGAUGAGGGAAGAGACGAGAAAGUUGACUCCAUGUUUCAGAAGGCUUGAUUUAUUAUUAUAUGAUAGAUAAUAUAUUAAAACUAUACUAAAAGGAUAGAGGAAAGGAUUUCACUAGAAGGCUAAGCUAAGAAUAGAAAAAGGAAUCAAAACAAAGUCUUGUCUCUCACCGAGACAGUCCGGCCAGGUGAACUGUGAUUGGCCCAUAAUUGGAAACAGCCUGAUGAGGCCAGUCACAGAUUCCCCCUGUUGCAUUCCACAGCAGCAGAUAAGAAUUGUUUACAGUUUGUUCCUGAGGCCUCUCAGCGUCUCAGGAGGGGAAAAAUCUUAAGGAAAGGAUUUUUCAUAAAACAUGUCGGUGACACUAAAGCAGUACAGAAUCUGAAAAAUAGAAAAGCUAAAACCUGAGGCAUCACCAAGAUUAAAAGAAUGCUCAUUGCCUGACGUUAUUUUGCCUUAACGGAGAUACCUGUAAAUUACCUGGCUCAGCUCAUGGGGUGGUUCAAGCCCAGGCAGCAGCCAGGCACCACCCAGCUGCUCCCUCACUGCCUCCCCCCCUUUAUACAUGGGGGCAGGACUGAAAGGACACAAGUCAAAAAGAAACAGUUGAAUUAUUAAGAGAAAGUAAUAGUACUUCUUCAAAUCGUGAGGAAAAGAGACAGAAAGAGAAAUAAACCAUCCAGACACUCCUUGGACAGUGCCCUUUGUGCAACGUCCCCCCCCAGUUUGUUGCUGAGCAUGGUGCCAGAUGGUGUGGGACAUCCCUUUGGUCACUUGGGGUCCCCUGUCUCAGCUCUGUCCCCUCUACACUCCUGGUGCACUCCCAGCCUCCCUAGGGGUGGGGUGAGAAGCAGAGAGGCCAUGAUGCUGUGUAAGGCCUGCUCAGCAAUAGCUGAAACAUCCCUGUGUUAUCAGUACUGUCUCCAGCACCAAUCUGAAAUACAGCCCUAUACCAACUACUGUGAAGGAAUUUAUCUCAGCCAGAACCACAGCUCCUGAUGCUUUAGUUUUGUCUGGUUUAAGAGAUUUAAUAGGAAUCUCCAGAAAACAAUUCAGCCAUAGACCAACGUCACAUCCUCCAGCUUAGACCUGGACACAAAGCUCAUGGUUAUGUAAGGUAAGUGAAGUGCUUCUCAGGGUGGGCCUGUGCAAAUGGUUAUUGAGUCUCCAGUGUUACUGAGGGGCACUGACACUGAAGUUAUCCAAUCUGGCCAAAUUAAGACAGGCUCUUCAUUCUUGAUUAAGAUUUGUGCAAAGCUGUACCUCCCAUCUGUCUAAACAAGCAUCUACUCUGCUGGUUUUCUUUCCGUGGUAAGAGACUGUAAGGUUUUUUCAAUGUCUGCUGUCAGUGCAAACAUGAGACCUAUACUUGACCUUGGUACAUAAAACUUCCCUACUGGAUAAAAGCUGUUUUAGCUGGAAUGUUGAUAUUUAAAGGCAGUGCAGUUGUUAAUAAACAACUGGCAAGCUUUGCAACAGGAUAGUCAGCGUGUGCAUGGAUUCAUGAGUUCCAGAUGCACCUCAUCCACAACAGUGGCCUGACCAAAGGAACUAAUGCUGCCCCAGCAGGUAGCUGCAAAUCUGCCAACUGUUUAUCUAUCAACAUCUUUAUAAAAACUGUGUUCUUUGGCCUUCAUUCUUCUACAUCUGUUAACAGGCAGGUGUUCUGAUAAUGACCUUUUAAAUCUUCUGAUUAUACAAAUCACUCAAUGAAUAUGUAAAUAAGUUUCUUUUUUCUGCUUUUCAGUCUCUCAGUAUUUACUCAUAUCAUUAGAUUAGAAAAGAAUCCAAAUUUACUGCCUUGUUUUUCCUUGGUGCAUAAUUUUGUUUUAUUCAUGGAAUUCAUGGUACAGUUGCAAUAGCCCUGUCAGCUAGGAAGGAAAUAAAGGUCAUUCCAUCAACAUUAGAAAUAUGUGGAUUUCCUUUGAAGGACUCAGAGGUGAUACUGCUAGGAAGGGUAAAACAUUUAAAGAUAAACCUUUGUUUUCCUGGUGGCUGGUACUCAAGUGGUUCUUAAGAGGGUUGAAAUAAUCUUCUGUUAGUCCUGCAGCUGGUGAACAUAUUUCAGCUCAAUUUCUAGUCCGGCUCUACUAAACUGCUCUGCCAUGAAAAAACAUUGGCUUUCUACAAGACAAAUAAUGGUGUUGGCAUUCCUUGAGUCAAGGUCUGUCAGGGCUUUCUCCUUAGGCCUUUGUGGCAAAUUUCACAAGAAUAUCAGAGUUCUGUGUUUCACUUGCUGUACUCAUUGCAAACUUUAUUUUUGCAAAAAUUUAAAUCUAUAUUUUCCUUCUGUUUGGAAGAGACAAAUAAAUACGACAUUUCUUAAGCUGUUAUCUUUUGUAAACCUGUAAAACAGAUUUGUUUCAUCUUAUUAAUCAAAAGUGUUGUUGGGGAAGAGGUGGUGUUCUUUGGGUAUGUUUGAAAACUUCCCUUAAUCUUGAGACAGACUUUGAGAUCUGUUCAGCUGUUUGAAGAAGUUGAACCUGACUUUGAUGAAUAAAAUUUCUUGAAAAAUGAGCAAGA